GGCGAGUAGAUUAUUUUAUAUCUUUGCCCCAUAGUUGUUGAAAUUUUUUUCAUUAUAAUUUUUAUAUGGUCUCCGCUUUUUGGUGACCAAAUUGGGCAUACCCCCGUGUGCUCUUCGACACGAAAAUACUUGGAAGUAGUAAAAAAUUGUGACAAAUUUGAAGUAAUUAAUAUUAUACACAACUUCAAUAUCUUUACAUUUUCCCCAUUGAAAAAAUAAAAAAAAGCAAAAAACACGGUAUGCCUAACAAAGCAACGAAACGCAGAACUAGUGCAUGAAUAGGUGAUAAUCGAAAGAAAAGUUGAAAAAAAGAAAAUAUACACAGCACAGCAAAAAGGCAAAUAUCUCUAUAGCAGCAAACGUGAAGUGUAGUCGCUCAGGGCUGUGAAAACUAAAUACUGCAUAUUUGGCUAAGCGAUUGUGAAACAAAAGACUGCAAUAUUCCAUCACACCAAACAGAAAUAGUCGAAUAGCUUAUAGUCCGCACUAAACAACAUACGCCACCGCAGUGCCGCAAAACAAUCUAUGCCGAACGAGGGCUGCUCUGGAGAAUUCAACUGGAGAAAAUAAACUAUCUUCUUGCAAAAUAUUCGAGUACAUAUAUGUACAUACUUAUAUAUGUGCGAAGCCGCAAUCGUGUUCAUUCCCAAAAAUUAAAAUCAGCUGAUAGGCUAACGUCACUUGAGGUGCGUUUACAGAAAAACUGAGAUUGUUUGGUGAUAUGUAUACGAAAAAAAUCAACCAAUGACACUUCUUUGCCGUCUGAACAACGACUGAUUGAACGAGUGCGUGAAUAUGUGUGAAAUUAUCAUGCAGAUUUCGGCUGCCAAUAAGAUAGUGUUAGUGAUAUAUGAAAAGAUAACCAACACAAUCUUCAAUCAUGCUGCUUCGUUGCUAUCCGAUUGAUUGGACGAAUGUGUGAAUACUUGUGAAAUGAUCGUGCAGAAUUCGGCUGCCGAAUCCCAAAGUGACGUGACAGCCAAAGUUCCCCUCACAAUUUUAUUUUUCACCAUAGCUAAAUAGCAAACCUGGAGAUAUUGUCACGCCUUGGAGUAUUAGAGAGCAAAAAUGUCCAAUCAAUCGGAAAUCGAUUAUGAUAAACAAUUCCAAGAUGAUUUGGCAAAAGCGACUGCUUUAAGCUUGGAGCAACAAGCACUUGAUGAUUAUCGACGCGCCAAGAAGUAUGGCACUGCCGCCCACUAUUACAAUGAACGCGCUCAAUCGCAAUCACCAUCGUUGCAACAUUCACAUUCCCUAAAUCAGCGCCAGCAAUCGACCGAAUCCGCGGUGGCUUUCUAUGCCCAGUUGCGUACGCGUUACCAGCAAUCACGCGGCAAUUCAAGCGAAACCACAGCACCACCACCAAUGCCACCGCAUCGGCGUCACUCGGAGGCCAACAACAAUGUGUCGUUGAAUGUAGCCGCUGUGACGGCGGCGUCACGUGAACGUUCCAAAACACCACCGGCCACGCUGCCCGAAAGUGAUCUCAUUUCCUUUUCAAGCCCCACAGCAAAAGAGGCACAACCCAAUACUUUUGAAAAAUUAAUAGAAGAUUUGCAAAAGUUGCAGACGUCGAGUCAACAAACGGCACUAGUGCCAUUCGGUCCUGUGGCUGCGACGCCAAUGACUUCGAUGCAAGCGGCAGCUGGCUUUCGUGCUCCACCGCCUCCGCAGGCCACGCCCACACAUAAUACUGCUAUAUACGCUGCGGCAGCGGCAGCGGGUGCAGCUGGUGGUGGCGGCGGCAAUUGUAUGCAGUUAGUGCCUUUUACGCCGCUGCCAACAGCGCAGCAACAGAAAGUUCCACUAACAAGCGAAGAGUUGCAAAAACUUUACAAUAUGCCACUCCAGCAGCAACAACAACAGCAGCAGUAUUAUCAACAACAUCAGCAACAGCAUCAACACAUGGCGGCCAUAAUGCCACCGGGCGUCGUUUAUCCUGCACAGCGCAUGGGCUUCGUACCGUCAGUGGGCGGUGGCUUUGUUGCACCAACGCAUGCCAGCAACUAUACACAGAGCGCGCCACCGACAGCUGCUGCAGCGGCCACUUAUAUACCUCCACAAUUUCCAUCAACGGUUUCCCAUUAUGGUUUUCAAUAUGGUGGUAUGCCACCAAGCGCUGCACCUUAUUAUGGUGUCGCGUCGGCAGCAGCAGCAUCACCGCAUAUAUCGUCCACAGGGAGCAAUGUUUCAAUAGCAGCGGCGCCUAUACCGCUGACCAAGUCGCAGUCAGCUGCGGCAGCUAUAACACCGAAUGACAGUAAUAACAAAGGUGGUGGUGGUGGUGGUAGUAGCGGUUUCAUCGGUGCCGUUGCGGCUGGCGCGCGUCGUCCAACACCACCUGUGCGCAAACCGCAACGCACUGGCAACGACUUGAUCGAUCUUAGUCAGGAGGAUGAUUCGCGCGUCAGCGUACUGGAGGCAUUCGAUCCUUUGCUCAAUGCGGAUGAAGCAGGUUGCGAUGAUGGCUCGGAUUGCACCUCUUACUAUGCGGAAUAUGACCCAUUCGAUUAUCUCUACAGUGGUGGUGGCACGCAGUACUCAGAUCCAGUUUACGAGGCUGUGAAUAAAUUGGAAAAAAGUGCCGUGAGUCCAAAUGUCUCCUCUAUUGGUUGGCGCACGGACUAUCUCAGCCGCGAUGAAGCACUCGCCACAGAUCCAAUCGCCAUUGGCAACUCAACGCACUAUCAGCUCGAUGAUCAAUUGCCCAGCGGUUCACGUUCGCCCCCACCGCCGCUGCCACCACGCAAUAGUGGCUCACGCUCGCCACCUUUUCUGUCCGGCCUCUAUCCUACACUUAAGCAGGAUAAUAAUUUCGAAAGUAGCAGUCAAGUUGGUGCCGGCGCUGGUGCUGGUGGCUUCUAUUCCACUCCUAGCUCAGCCGUGCGUCCGAGUGCAACGCUGGAUCGUCGAAAAACCUUUGGCACGCGGCUGUAUGAAGUGGUUACCGAGCAACGCACCGUCGAUCCGGAGUUGUUGGAAUUCUUUUUUAUGGUUAAAGAAUUGCGUAUGCGUUAUUUGUAUAAUGACGCACAAACCAAUCCGGGACAUGUCAUUGCUUCGGAAUUCAAUUAUCAUUAUCCGCUAGAGACGAGUAUUAAGAUUUUGGUGCAUCCCACAUUGAAGGCAUUGAUGCCGCAUACGGAGAUGGCGCGCACGCAGGGGCAAGUGAAGGGUUACGGCGUGCCGGUGGUGUUUACAUGUGAUAUUAAUACGGCUGUGGAAUUGGUCAUUGAUCAAGCAUUUUGUUCGCUAGAGGGCCAAAUAAAGGGCACGCCCAAUGAUUAUGUUGUGAAGCCCAUCGGUGUCUCUGAAUGGCUAUCACCCACCUCCAAACUCAGCCAGCUUGAAUGUGUGCAUAACAGUCUCAAGUUGGAGCAAGAUGUGCAAUUGGGCUUAUGCGUUAAGUCCGAGGAGAGUAUGCAAGUGAUUGCACGUACACAAUCUGACGAUAUGCGUGACGCCGAGUUGCGUGCCGAAGAUGUACUACCAAACGAAAUGGCUACCACCAUUAACUAUGAUAAUAUGAUGAUAUUAAUAGAAACGCUCGAAACAGAGAUUGAUAAGUUAGAAUCUGCCGAUCCGAAUUCACGCUCCAUACUUUCAUGCUCGGGCGUUGUACAGGCGGCUAAAGCCAUUUGCGCGCUCCUCGGGUCGAUAGAUACGCUUGAAAUCUCUGCUUGCAUUACCGAUCUCAAGCGCAUAUGCGAAGAAAGUCAAGUGAAGUAUGCCGCACACACCACGGAAAGUAAUCCGGAGAUAGUCAGCGAACGCGGUGACUAUGCAGAAGUACGAAUGGUGCCACGAUCCAAGCUAGAUCAGAUAAAAUUGAAAUGCAGUCAGCUGCGUGAUGCCGUGCAGGAGUUGAUCGAACUAUAUUCAAAUGUAUUCCGUGUGGGAUUCUCUGUGAAAUCAGUGGAUUAUUCGACAACGCCAAUACCGGUUUCGUGUGUACUCAAACCGAUUGUUGUUAGCAUUAAUUGCCUGCAUCGGCCACCGCCCACUUGGCGUUACGACGAUUACUCGCUGGGCGUGCAAAUCAAUUAUGGCACACGCUUUGUAUCCGAUCCAAUAGUUACCAAAUGUUCGAACGAUAUGAGUGGUGGAUUGUUUCCACGCCUAAAUUUCUCCUCAUGGCUUACAUUCGAAAAAAAUCCCAUUUGUACGCUGCCACGCGAAUCGCGUCUGAUAUUUGUGCUCUAUGGCACGCAAACGGCGGAGAAUGAGCAGAAUACAGAUGCCAAUGGUGAACGUCGGCAUGUGGCCACCGAAUUGGGCUGGUGCGCCAUACAGUUGUUCGAUCAAAAGCGCGAAAUGAUUUGCGGCUCAUAUUUGCUCUCAAUGUGGCCGCCAACGACAGACAAGUUCUUGGGACCCGCACCUGCACGUGGCUGUCAUCCGCAACCGGAUAUCUGUCCGGUAUUAAGUAUAGAAGUGCCACCUUAUGGUGGACGCAUACUGUUCCCCGAACCGUUGGAACAGCCGCCACCAGCACCGCGUUACGAUUUCAAUUCGUUGGAUACAAAUUUGCAGCAAGAGCUGCUCGAUACCGCUGAGCAGGGUUAUUCGGGUGCAAAGGAUAAGCGUGAAGUAUUUUGGGAAAAGCGUCUGUAUUUGCAGAGUUUCCCAUAUGCAUUGCCGAAAGUGCUACACGCGGCGCACAGCUGGGACUAUGCUAGUCUGAUGGAUCUGCACUCGCUGCUGCAUUCAUGGGCGCCGCUUUCACCGUUGCAAGCACUGGAAUUGCUGCUGCCACGUUAUCCAGAUGCUAAGGUGCGCGAGAAGGCGGCCGAGUGGAUUUCGCAGCUACCCAAUGAUCAGCUGGUCGAUUAUCUGCCACAAUUGCUGCAAGCGCUCAAACACGACACCUAUGAAGCAUCGGCAAUGGCACGCUUCCUACUUUGCAAGUGUUUGGAAUCGCCGCGCAUUGCGCAUCACAUGUAUUGGCUGCUGGUGCACAGUUUACCUGGCGAUGACCCGCAAAAUUCGAUUGAUGCCUCGUCAGUAGCAAAUGAAAUUGAUGAGUCGCUGAUAACACAAGCGCGCUACUAUAGGCGCAACAAGAUGAUGUUACGUGCGCUGUUGGCGAUCUGUGGUGAACGGCUGCUGGCGCGUUUUCUCAGUCAGAAUAUGAUGUGCAAGAGUCUUGCUCGGCUAGCGGAGUCCGUGAAGGAGGCUAAGGAAUCGCUGCGCCAGAAAACUCUCUGCUUCGGCAUGGACACAGUACAUCAGCAGUUGGGUGAUAAACCCACAUCAUUGCCUUUGGGCCCCGAAUUGGAAGUGACCGGAGUAAAUGUGCGCAGUUGUAGUUAUUUCAAUUCAAAUACGCUGCCACUAAAAAUCUCCUACAUCGGUUCAGAUGGCGAGGUGUUGCCGGCGAUAUUUAAGUCGGGUGACGAUUUGCAACAGGAUAUGCUCACCAUUCAACUCAUACGCGUUAUGAACAAAAUGUGGCUGGCAGAAGGUCUGGAUCUGAAAAUGGUUACCUUUAAUUGUGUACCUACGGGCUUUAAGAAGGGCAUGAUUGAAUUGGUGUCCGAUGCGGAGACGUUGCGUAAAAUACAAGUCGAAUAUGGCUUGACGGGAUCCUUUAAGGAUCGUCCGAUUGCUGAAUGGUUGGCCAAACAGAAUCCUAGUCAGUUGGAGUAUCAGCGCGCGGUGAAGAAUUUUACAGUUUCCUGCGCCGGCUACAGCGUUGCGACUUAUAUACUCGGCAUCUGUGAUCGUCACAAUGACAAUAUUAUGCUGAAGACUUCGGGUCAUCUAUUUCAUAUCGAUUUUGGCAAAUUUCUUGGCGAUGCGCAAAUGUUUGGCAAUUUCAAAAGAGAUCGCACACCCUUCGUGCUCACCUCCGAUAUGGCAUAUGUGAUUAAUGGCGGCGAUAAACCCUCCACAGAUUUCCAUUAUUUCGUCGACUUGUGUUGUCGCGCUUUCAAUAUUAUACGCAAACACGGUGAUCUCAUUUUACAUAUGCUUGCACUCAUGGCCACUGCCGGCAUACCGGGCGUGACAGCGGAUGCAGUGACUUAUGUGCGUGGCGCUCUGCUGCCAGAGCAAUCGAAUCCAGAGGCUGCUGCUUCAUUUGCCAAGAUGAUACAAUUCUCGCUGAAGAGUUGGUUCACACAAUUCAAUUUCUUCUUGCACAAUUUGGCACAAAUGCGUUUUAGCAAUGAUGAGGGCAGUGGUGAGCUGUUGUCCUUUGUGCCGCGCAAAUAUACCAUGCAGCAGGAUGGCCGCUUGAAAAGUGUAAUGGUAGUGCGUUGCCAGAAGCAUUAUGAUAUGGAAAAGUAUUAUACAUACAUUUUACAAGUGACGCGUCAUGGGCAGACCGAUCCAACGCAUUUAUUCCGCUCAUAUAAGGAAUUUACGGAAUUCCAUCAAAAAUUGUGUUUGCAUUUUCCGUUGGCGAAAUUGCAUAGUUUACCCAGCGGCAUGCAUGUGGGCCGUUCCAACGUCAAAUCGGUCGCAGAGCGUCGUCUCCCACAAAUUCAACGCUUUCUUAUCUCGCUCUUCAAUUCAGCUGAUGAGAUCGCUCACUCGGAUUUGGUGUAUACGUUUUUCCAUCCCUUGUUGCGCGAUCAGCAGGAGGCUAAGUUGACGGUGUCGAAAGUUCGAGAAGUAAAGCAACCAACGCGGGAAAAUCCCUACGAAGUUGGUCAGAUUAAAAUAUCUUUACAAUAUCGCCGCGGUGUCUUAACGGUGAUGAUUCACCACGCGAAGGGCUUGCCCAUGCUGCAAGGUGGCCAAGAACCAAACACCUACGUCAAAUGCUACCUCAAACCGGACGCAACCAAAGUGACGAAACGUAAGACGAAGGUGGUGCGGAAGACGUGUGUACCGAGCUUUAUGGAAACGCUUGAGUAUCGCAUGCCAAUGGAACAUAUACAAAUUCGUACAUUGCACGUCACUGUCUGGUCACAUGACACUUUGCAAGAGAAUGAACUGCUGGGCGGUUUUCAAAUCGAUCUGAGUAAAUAUGAUUUACGCAAAGAACUAAUCGACUGGUUUCGACUUGGACCCAUGCCACGGAAUUGAAUACCAUAAAUUGAGUUUGUGUUCGAAACAAACCAGAAAUAAUGGCACAUAUUAAGUGAAAAAUAAAUUUGCAUUUGUUGUUGGUUCGAUGAAUGUAAAGUAGUCGGCAACUAGUUUGCCAUAAAAACCAUUACAAAAGUACGACGCAACGAGGUUUACGAAAACUACUUGUAAAGCAACAGUAUUUCUUCCGCACAUACAUACAUACAUAGAUACCACUACAGGGAUGCCCGUUAAGGGGUUAAACAAAUGCAUGAAUAUACAAGAAAUAUUUACAAGCAAACAUGCCCACAUAUACAUACAAAGUAUACCGCAAGCAGCUGACACAGCCAGUAGGCCAGGAACCAAGUUCUGAGAACACUGGACUCACAAUGAUGCAUAUAUUUUUAUAAAUCAUUUUACUCACAAAUAUAAUAUGUCUAAGCGGUAGUCCCGUUAAAUAACUUUCUCUCUGCGUGAUUGCACUUAUGAAAUGGACAUUCCAAUUAUGCAUAUAUAUACAUUAAAAGCAAAAGAAAAAAUUAAGAAUAAUGAAAAAAAUUAAAAACGUAAGCAAAAAAUGGAAAAUAUUAGAUAUAAGCCACUUCAUCAUCUUAAUUACCAGCAAUGAGAUGCUGAAAUUGUCAGUGUUGAAUAUAUUUCAAAAACUUACCAUAUGAUGUAAUAUUGCGCCUAAAAACUACUGCACGGAAUUGCAAAACAAAAAACAUAGAAAUCAUAUUUGAACUGCCGUACUGCAAACACAGCAUACUUUUAGGCACUUCACUUGUGCGACUUGCGCGACUAUUGGUGAGCGAAUUUUAGCAUCUCAGUGCUAUUAAAUACCUGCGGCAGCACUCUUUUGUUGCUUAUUAAAUAUUAACAGUUGCUUGUGAUUUUGAUUUCUGCAUUUUUAUGUUGGCACAAAUUGCAGACGCCAGUUUUGCAAAUCGCAAAGCAUAUCAGGCAUGCAAGUAUAUACAAAAACAACAAAUUUAUAAGAAAUCACAUAUUAAUAAUUAAAAAAAAUUACGCUUUAUUUUGUAACAGAUUGAAGAAGAUAUUAUCAAAAUAUUUUCAUUUGAAAUUUAAAAAAGAAAUUUAUUUUCAUGUUGUGUUUUAUGGUAGAAAAGGGGCAUUUAACAAUUUAACAGAAAUUAAAAAAAGGAACGCAGUAAGAUAUUUUUUCAAAAGACUUAAACUCGUUCUAAAAUAAUACCUGAGAAAUUGUGUCCUUUUUCUGUUCUUUCUUGUAGAACUGCCUUGUUGUAAUUUCUGAAAGUUUUAAAAUUUAUUUAAAAAAAACAUCAAUUUGUGUUGAAUAGUAUACAAGCGGGUUUCGAAAGGAGUUUGCCCCUCCCAUUCCCAUGGCAGCCGGUUCUACGUUACCAGAAUAACUCGGGGUUUUCCCGACCCUGGUAGUAGCAGUAAAGCAGCAGAUUUGACAUUUUGUUCUAUUUAUGAGGUCUCGUAAUUCUUAAAUUACUCUAAACUGUCAGUCUUUGUUUAUAUAACUAUUUUGACAUUCGUAAUUUACUCUAUUUGCUACUACUUCUUCAAUGUGCCUUGACAAAGUCCCAAAACAGUACAGAAACGCAUAUGAGUAUUAAAAUUUCUGUAUUACCUUCUUGCAAUUUAUAUGAAAUUUUUGAAAAAAAAAUUCAAAAUUUCUUUUUAUUUUAAUAUUUUUCAAAAAACCAAAUACACUCAAAUUUAUGGGGAUACUUGAUUACUUUUUUUUUUAAUUAUUUCAUUCCAUAUUCCACUGUUGCUAGUACCCUUAGACUAUUACUCAAUUAAGCUUUAAAUGCCCUAUCAUUGACGCGUGCAUCGCGAAAUAUUUUUGUAAUCGGUGUCAUCGGUGAAAUCUUUGAAAUUUAUGCUAACUGAAAAAUGUAUACUAAAAAAUUAUGCAUUAUGUAUUUAUGUAUUUAUGUAGAUUUUUCGAAAUUAAGUGCUGUCAUAAUUCUGAAGUUUUCCUGUUUCACACUUAAAUUUAUUUUCAUGAUUUUGUUGCACAAUUUGUUUCACCUACUUAACCGAUCAUUGUUGUUCUUUUAAUUAUUACGUUCAUGUAUGGAUAAAAAAAAUGCUCUGUAUUGUUAAUAUUUUUGAUAAUUAUUUAUUUGCGAUAAAUGCGUUUUUGCGCUAUUUGUUAGAAAUCUAUUUUAAUUUGUAAGCUAAGCGAAAAUCUAUAAUAAUUAUUAUAAUUGCUUUUGAAUACACACAAAUUGCAUUUUUUCUAGCUUAAAAAUAUUGUAAAAAGUAGAAACGAAAAACUAAAUAAAAUCAAAAUAUUAAAAACCAAAUAAUAU